AUGCUCAUUCUUAAACACAACGUGCUUUCUCCUCAAGAUUUGUUGCUGAUCGAAAAGCAAUUCUUAAGAACACUUAAUGGACACAGUCCGCCAAUUACGGCUUAUUUCAAUGUCCUGGACCACAAACGAACACACGUCUAUGGGCACCUUCUUGGUUUAUUCGUCAAAUUAGGUGUCAAUAGUUCGUUGGGAGUAACCCCCUCCCAAUUGCUUGAUUUCUUCAUUGACGCGGAUGCUGCCUAUCUCGAGACACCAUAUCACACUUUCUAUCACGCUGCUGAUGUGGUGACGAUCGUGUUUUACCUCCUUACAGAAAUGACGGCGUCCAAAUAUUUAUUACCGAUUGACAUUGCUUCUCUUAUGAUAGCCGCAUUAUGCCAUGACACCGGUCAUACGGGAUACAAUAAUCUUUACCAAAUCAAUCUUCAAACCGAUCUUGCCAAACGGUACCACGACCGAUCGGUACUCGAGUCCUUGUCGGUAGAUAUAACGCGCGACCUUUUAGAGAAGCACCAGGUCCUCAAGAAAAUACCGGGCGAAUUGUACAGCAAAGGCUACAAACAGCAGGAAAGAAACUGCCUGGAUGCGAUAGAAAACAUAAUUAUUGGAACGGACAUGAUAUAUCACUACGAGCACCAGAAUAAGCUGAUCAGCAUAUAUGACAAUCUCAGCAGAAGAAGUCCGGAUAGUACCAGCAGCAUUGAUUCAAUUGAACCUGACAGCAGCCCUGACGACACAAGCUCUAAUAAUGAUGUUGAUGUUAAUAAGAGUGCUGUUGACGGCGACGGCGACAGUGAUGAUACCGGUGACAGUAACGGUGAAGAUGGAAAUUAUAACCCGGUGCAACUGAACCCUAAUGACCGACUGAGUCUGUGCGGUAUUUUGAUGCAUGCAGCUGACAUCAAUAACACAGUUCGACCAUGGAAGGUGGCCAAACAGUGGUCAGAUUUGGUUAUCCAAGAGUUCUUUCGUCAGGGAGACGCCGAACGGGCGGCUGGUCUGCCCAUAACACCCAACAUGGACAGGACUGAAAUAAGCCAACCAAUGAUUAGUAUAACAUUUGGUGAUCUCAUUCGCCCAUUCUUCCAAGCACUUGCGAAUCUCUUACCGCCUGCCCGUGUAUUCCUCGAUAAUAUGACAGACACCCGAAAGAAAUGGAGACAGCUCAAACAAGAUUCGAUUCCCUGGCCAAAUUUCCCGGCUGCCUCUAGACGCAAAUCGUAUCCAAACAGCUGUCGGGUGAGUGUCCCGGCAGGAACUGUGGAAGUGAUGGAUGGAGAGGAUCUUCAGAGACGCUUCAAGCGAGCCAAACGAGCCAAUAGUAAUAUAGACAGUAAACCCCUGAAAGACUUUGGUGGUCGUUCACCAUCGCCUUCCAUACCGAACUGGUAUCGUCGUAAGAGCGACCAAUGCAUUAUAGACAUCUCACAGCGUUAUUCUCCAGUUCCAGAGAUCCAUUAA